CGGGCAGGUCACAUCAUACUUCUGAAAUUACAAAGGCGCGGUCAUGACGUCACCAAUGUUUUCUCUAAAAGAAAAAGGGCACCGAGCAGAAAAGAGAAGAGAGAGAGAGAGUCACACCCCAUCACGUCUUUUGUUCUACCCGUUUACCAAUUAAGGCUCUCGCGCUGGAGGACAGGCAGAGAGAAAGAGAGACAGAGGACCAUCUCUUUCCGCCCCACCCUCUGCUUUACGCCACCAGCACCAACAGCCCGCCCCCCCACACCGGGGCUGCGCGUGGGAAGGGAGGACCAGGACCACGGUGCAGCAGCGCGCACACACACCGGGCGCAAAGAGACGGCAGGUUGCUGCUGCGCGCACUGACUUAACGGACCUCAGAGGGACCACACAGGAGACACAGAGAGGACACAGAGGGGACACAGAGGACCACACAGGAGAGGGCACCACAGAGCGACCGCAGGCUGCAGGACCGUGCGCAGUGAGGGAGAGAAGCAGAGAAGGAGGGGGCGGCCACGCAGACUCGAGCAGACUCCACCCAGAGAGGACGCCAGCGAACCAAGACGCAGCUGAGAGAAUAAAAAUGAGCGCUUCACACCCCCGGCUCCACCAGAGCGCCGCGCCCGCUCCCAACGCUCUCUGCACGGACAAGGACGCAGAAAUGCCCGCCACGGAGAAGGACCUGGCCGAGGACGCGCCAUGGAAGAAGAUCCAGCAGAACACCUUCACCCGCUGGUGCAACGAGCACCUAAAAUGUGUCAACAAGAGGCUCGGCAACUUGCAGACGGACCUCAGCGACGGGCUGCGGCUCAUCGGGCUCCUGGAGGUCCUGUCCCAGAAGAAGAUGUUCCGAAAGUAUAACCAGAGGCCCACCUUUCGCCAGAUGCAGCUGGAGAACGUGUCGGUGGCUCUGGAGUUCCUGGACAAGGAGAACAUCAAGCUGGUGUCCAUAGACUCUAAAGCUAUCGUAGAUGGGAACCUGAAGCUGAUCCUGGGUCUGAUCUGGACCUUGAUUCUGCACUACUCCAUCUCCAUGCCCAUGUGGGAUGAGGAUGAGGAGACGGAUGAUGGCAAACAGAAGACACCCAAGCAGAGGCUGCUGGGUUGGAUCCAGAACAAACUGCCCGAGCUUCCCAUCACAAACUUCCACAGGGACUGGCAGACGGGCCGGGCCCUGGGGGCCCUGGUGGACAGCUGUGCUCCAGGUCUGUGUCCUGACUGGGAUCAGUGGGACCAAACCAAGCCAGUGGACAACGCCCGCGAGGCCAUGCAGCAGGCAGACGACUGGCUGGGCAUCCCACAGGUGAUCACCCCCGAAGAGAUCGUGGACCCCAAUGUGGACGAACACUCCGUGAUGACCUACCUGUCCCAGUUCCCCAAAGCGAAGCUGAAGCCCGGCGCACCGCUCCGACCCAAACUCAACCCCAAGAAGGCCCGCGCCUACGGGCCAGGUGUUGAACCCAUCGGAAACGUUGUGAUGAAGAAGGCUUUGUUCACCGUGGAGACCAUCAGCGCCGGGCUGGGGGAGGUGCUGGUCUACGUGGAGGACCCCGCGGGACACAGAGAGGAGGCUAAAGUGACCGCCAACAAUGAUAAGAACCGCACCUACUCCGUCUACUACAUCCCUAAAGUCACCGGCAUGCACAAGGUGACGGUGCUGUUCGCAGGGCAGCACAUCUCUAAGAGCCCCUUCGAGGUGGAGAUCGGAAAGUCCCAGGGAGACUCCAGCAAGGCCACGGCCCAGGGACCUGGCCUGGAGCCCUCUGGAAACAUUGCCAACAAGUCCACGUACUUUGACGUCUACACAGCAGGGGCCGGUGUUGGCGAGGUGGAGGUGAUGAUCAUCGACCCUGCUGGCAAGAACAACACAGUCACCUGUAGCAUUGAGGACAAGGGCAACAGCAGCUACCGCUGCACCUACAAGCCCACCCAGGAAGGCCAGCACACCAUCUACGUGACCUUCGCCGGCGGUCAGAUCAGCAAGAGUCCCUUCACGGUCACCGUGGGAGAGGCAUGCAACCCCAGCCUCUGCAGAGCGAAGGGCCGCGGCCUGCAGCCCAAGGGCCUGAGGGUGAAGGAGACGGCCGACUUCCAGGUGUACACCAAGGGAGCCGGCACCGGGGAGCUCAAAGUCACCAUCAAGGGGCCCAAGGGACUCGAAGAGCCUUGUAAAAGGAAAGAUCUCGGCGAUGACGCGUACGGCUUUGAGUAUUACCCCACCACACCUGGAACAUACUCAAUUACCAUCACCUGGGGAGGACAGCACAUCCCCCGCAGUCCCAUCGAGGUCAAGAUCGGCGCCGAGGCAGACCCACAGAAGGUGAGGGCCUGGGGUCCUGGCCUGGAGUGCGGCAUUGUUGGCAAAUCUGCUGACUUUGUGGUGGAGGCUGUUGGAGACAACGUUGGGACACUGGGUUUCUCUGUGGAAGGUCCGUCUCAGGCCAAGAUCGAAUGCGACGACAAGGGCGAUGGAUCCUGUGAUGUGCGCUACUGGCCCACAGAGGCCGGCGAGUACGCCGUUCAUGUGCUCUGCAACAACGAAGACAUCCAACACUCUCCCUUCAUGGCCGAGAUAGUCAACCCACCGGCCAAAGUCUUCUACCCCGACAAGGUUAAGGCGUUCGGUCCAGGCCUCCAGAGCAGCGGUUUGGCUGUUGGAAAGCCCACUGAGUUCACAGUCGAUGCCAAGCAAGGAGGGAAAGCUCCUCUGAAGGUUGCAGCUCAGGACGGGGAAGGUUCUUCUGUGGAUGUACAGGUUAAGGACAACGGCAACGGCACAUAUGCCUGUACCUACACCCCUCGGAAGCCAGUGAAACACACUGCCAUGGUCUCCUGGGGAGGAGUCAACAUCCCGGACAGCCCAUUCAGGAUGAAUAUCGGAGCAGGCUGUCAUCCAAACAAGGUCAAGGUCUCGGGACCAGGGGUGGCAAAGACCGGCCUGAAGGCCUUCGAGCCCACGUACUUCACUGUUGACUGUACAGAGGCUGGGCAAGGGGACAUCAGUAUAGGAAUCAAGUGUGCCCCUGGAGUGGUGGGACCCGCGGAGGCAGACAUCGACUUUGACAUCAUUCGGAACGACAACGACACGUUCACUGUCAAGUACACUCCUCCUGGAGCCGGCAGCUACACAAUCAUGGUCCUGUUUGCUGACCAGGCCAUUCCAAUGACACCCAUCAGGAUCAAGGUGGAUCCUUCUCAUGAUGCCAGCAAAGUUAAGGCAGAGGGACCAGGACUCAGCCGCAGUGGUGUUGAACUGAACAAGCCCACUCAUUUCACUGUGAGCACCAAGGCAGCAGGGAAGGCAAACCUGGACUGCACCUUCAGCGGCCCCACCAAAGGCGAGGCAGUGAAGGACUUUGAAAUCAUCAACAACCACGACAACACGCACACGGUGAAAUACACGCCGGUGCAGCAGGGCCCUCUGGGAGUUGCUGUGACCUACGGGGGAGAUAACAUUCCCAAGAGCCCCUUCAGCGUUGCCGUGGCACCCACGCUGGACCUCAGCAAGAUCAACGUCAGCGGCCUGGGAGACAAGAUGACUGUAGGCAAAGACCAGGAAGUGACCGUCAAAUCCAAGGGGGCUGGCGGUCAGGGAAAGGUUGCCGCCAAGGUGACCUCCCCUUCAGGGAAGCCAGUGGCCAGCAAGGUUGAGCCAGGGCUGAGCCCCGAGACUAGUCAGGUGAAGUUCAUCCCCCGAGAGGCGGGGCCAUACCAGGUGGAACUGUCCUACGAUGGAGUGGCCAUCCCUGGAUCCCCUUUCAAUCCAACAGCUUACCCUGUCUCCGAUCCCUCCAAGGUCCGCUGCUCCGGCCCGGGCCUGGAACGCGCCAAGGUCGGGGAGAAGGGGGAGUUCAUCGUGGACUGCACGAACGCCGGCCCGGCUGAGCUGACCAUUGAGAUCAUCUCUGACAGCGGAACAGAGGCUGAGGUGCACAUCCAGGACAACGGAGACGGGACCUACACCAUCACCUACAUCCCUCUCUACCCUGGCUCCUACACUCUCACCAUCCGCUACGGAGGCCAGGAUGUGCCCAACUUCCCCGCGCGGCUCACCGUGGAGCCCGCAGUCGACGCCAGCGGAGUGCGUGUAUUCGGCCCGGGAGUGGAGGGCAAAGGUAUUUUCCGGGAGGCCACCACAGACUUCACCGUGGAUGCUCGUGCCCUCACACAGACCGGAGGGGACCACAUCAAAACCCUCAUCAGCAACCCGUCUGGCAGCCGCACAGACGCCCUGAUCGCCGACCUCGGAGAUGGAACCUACAAUGUGGAGUACACUCCCUACGAGGAGGGCCCGCACAGCGUGGAGGUCUGCUACGACGGUUCUCCAGUGCCCAAGAGUCCGUUCCGCGUCGCAGUCACUGAAGGCUGUGAUCCAGCUCGCGUCCGCGUGCACGGCCCUGGCCUGAAAGGGGGCAUUACCAAUAAGCCCAACAAGUUCACAGUGGAAACCCGAGGAGCAGGGACUGGUGGUCUUGGUCUGGCAAUGGAGGGUCCAUCAGAAGCCAAAAUGUCCUGCACUGAUAACAAGGAUGGCAGCUGCAGUGUGGAGUACAUCCCAUACGAGACCGGGAAGUACAACCUGAACAUCACCUAUGGAGGACAGCCCAUCAAAGGUAGUCCAUUCUCUGUGCCAGUCAGUGACACAGUGGACAGCACCAAGGUGAAGUGCCAGGGUCCAGGCCUGGGGAACAAUGUCAGAGCCAACAUUCCACAGGCAUUCACUGUGGAUGCCUCUAAAGCAGGAGUCGCCCCGCUGCAGGUCCGUGUCCAAGGACCCAAAGGUAAGUGUUCUUCCUAUGGGUCUCUUUUGACCACCCAAGUAGGACAGCUUUUAACUCCUCCUGUGUGUUUAGGUGUGGUGGAGCCGGUUGAAGUGGUGGACAACGGUGAUCAGACUCACACAGUGAAAUAUGUUCCCACCAGAGAGGGACCUUAUUCUAUUAAUGUGCUGUAUGCUGAUGAGGAGAUCCCACGCAGCCCCUACAAGGUGAAGGUGCUCCCCACCCACGACGCCAGUAAGGUCCGAGCCAGCGGACCCGGCCUCAAUACCACCGGGGUGCCCGCCUCCCUGCCUGUUGAGUUUACCAUUGACGCCAAAGAUGCCGGCGAGGGAUUGCUGGCGGUGCAGAUCACUGACCCAGAGGGGAAGCCGAAGAAGGUCAACAUCCGUGACAACCAUGACGGGACCUAUCUGGUGUCCUAUGUGCCGGACAUGACCGGCAGAUACACCAUCCUCAUUAAGUACGGAGGAGAUGAGAUUCCAUACUCUCCUUACCGUAUCCGGGCCCUGCCCACCGGGGACGCCAGCAAGUGCACCGUCACAGGAGCUGGUGUCGGCCCGACUAUCCAGAUUGGCGAGCAGACAGUAAUCACUGUGGACGCCAAGGCUGCUGGGAAAGGCAAGGUAACGUGCAGCGUGUGCACGCCCGAGGGGGCGGAGCUUGACGUGGACGUGGUGGAAAAUGAGGACGGAACAUUUGACAUCUUCUACACGGCGCCGCAGCCCGGCGAGUACGUGAUCUGCGUCCGCUUCGGAGGGGAGCACAUCCCCAACAGCCCCUUCCAAGUCACGGCGCUGGAAGGAGCUCCAUCAGACCAGCUCAUGCAGCAGAGCCAAAUGCCCCAGUACUACACUCAACAGCCCUGGGCAACGGACAGACCAAUGGGAAUGAACGGCCUGGAUGUGGCAGGGCUGAGGCCGUUUGACCUCGUCAUCCCAUUCACCAUCCAGAAGGGGGAGAUCACGGGCGAGGUCCGGAUGCCAUCGGGCAAGGUGGCAAAGCCUGACAUCACAGACAACAAGGAUGGCACUGUGACUGUCAAGUACGCGCCCACUGAGGCCGGCCUUCAUGAGAUGGACAUCAAAUACGACGGAAUCCACAUACCUGGAAGUCCCUUACAGUUCUAUGUGGACUACAUGAACAGUGGGAAUGUCAGCGCCUACGGCCCUGGCCUCAUCCAUGGGACCGUCAACCAGCCAGCAGUCUUCACUGUCAACACCAAAGAUGCUGGGGAGGGGGGUCUGUCUCUGGCCAUCGAGGGUCCAUCCAAGGCAGACAUCAGCUGCGUGGACAACCAGGAUGGGACCUGCACCGUGUCCUACUUGCCGGUUCUGCCCGGCGACUACAGCAUUCUGGUUAAAUACAACGACAAGCACAUCCCCGGCUCCCCCUUCUGUGCCAGGAUCACAGGGGAUGACUCCAUGAGGAUGUCCCAUCUGAAGGUGGGCUCCGCCGCAGACAUCCCGCUGGACAUCGGGGAGUUUGACCUCAGCCAGCUGACGGCCUCCCUGACCACGCCCUCUGGCCGCGAGGAGCCCUGCCUGCUGAAGAUGCUGCGUGACGGACAUGUCGGCAUCGCGUUUGUUCCCAAGGAGAUCGGAGAGCACUUUGUUAACAUCAAGAAGAACGGUCGCCAUAUUCCCAGCAGCCCAAUCUCAGUCAUGAUCAACCAAUCGGAAAUCGGCGACGCCAGCCGCGUGCGUGUGAGUGGGCCGGGUCUGAACGAGGCCCGGACCUUUGAGCCCGCUGAGUUCAUCAUCGACACUCGUGAAGCAGGCUACGGCGGCCUGAGCCUGUCCAUCGAGGGGCCCAGUAAAGUGGACAUCAACACUGAGGACCAGGAGGAUGGCACCUGUAAGGUCACCUACUGCCCCACUGAACCAGGAAAUUACAUCAUCAACAUCAAGUUCGCUGACCAACAUGUGCCAGGGAGUGCCUUCUCAGUGAAGGUAACCGGGGAGGGCAGGAUGAAGGAGAGCAUCACCAGGAAGAGGAGAGCAGCAUCAGUCGCCAACGUUGGCAGCCAGUGUGACCUGAGCCUCAAGAUCCCAGAGAUCAGCAUAGCGGACAUGACGGCCCAGGUGACCAGCCCCUCCGGCCAGGUUCACAAGGCUGAAAUCAUGGAGGGAGAGAACAACACCUACUGCAUUCGCUUCGUCCCCACCGAGACCGGCGUGCACACAGUGUGUGUGAAAUACAACGGCGUGCACGUGCCUGGCAGCCCGUUCCAGUUCACAGUGGGCCCCCUGGGGGAGGGCGGCGCUCACAAGGUCCGUGCCGGAGGGCCCGGCCUGGAGAGAGCAGAGGCCGGAGUGCCAGCGGAGUUCAGUAUCUGGACGCGGGAGGCCGGCGCCGGAGGUCUCAGUAUUGCUGUGGAGGGGCCGAGCAAGGCCGAAAUUGCCUUCGAGGACCGCAAAGAUGGGUCCAGUGGAGUGUCCUACAUCGUUCAGGAGCCCGGAGACUACGAGGUGUCGAUCCGCUUCAAUGACGAGCACAUCCCCGACAGCCCCUUCGUCGUCCCCGUGGCCUCGCCGUCCGAUGACGCCCGGCGCCUCACUGUUGCCAGUCUUCAGGAGUCGGGCUUGAAGGUGAACCAGCCGGCGUCGUUUGCCGUCAGCCUGAACGGAGCCAAAGGGGUUAUCGACGCAAAGGUCCACAGCCCGUCUGGAGCUCUGGAGGAGUGCUGCGUCACUGAGAUAGACCAAGAUAAGUAUGCAGUUCGGUUCAUCCCCAGAGAGAACGGGCUCUAUCUGAUUGAUGUGAAGUUCAAUGGAAGUCACAUCCCUGGAAGUCCGUUUAAGAUCAGAGUGGGGGAAACGGGCCAGGCUGGAGACCCUGGGAUGGUGACGGCCUACGGGGCGGGACUGGAGGGAGGCACCACAGGAACUGCGUGUGAGUUUGUGGUAAACACGAGCAAAGCGGGUCCUGGUGCUUUAGCAGUGACCAUCGAUGGGCCCUCCAAGGUUAAGAUGGAUUGUGUGGAGUGCUCCGAGGGCUACAGGGUCACAUACACCCCAAUGGCGCCUGGCAACUACUUGAUUUCCAUCAAAUAUGGCGGCCCCUACCACAUCGGCGGAAGCCCCUUCAAAGCAAAGAUCACUGGUUCCAAGCUGGUGUCCAGCCACAGUAUGCAUGAGACGUCUUCUGUGAUGGUCGACCCUGUGACCCGAGCCAUCAGCUGUUCUCAGCAGGGAGCUCCCACUAAGUCCGAUGCCAGUAAGGUGACAGCCAAGGGGCAGGGCCUGAGCAAGGCCUUAGUCGGCCAGAAGAACAGCUUCAGUGUCGACUGCAGCAAAGCAGGUCGUAACAUGCUCCUGGUCGGCGUGGACGGUCCCAAGGUCCCCUGUGAGGAGAUCCUAGUGAAACAUUUGGGCAACCGCUUGUACAACGUCAGCUACCAGCUCAAAGAGAAGGGAGAGUACGUCCUGGUAGUCAAGUGGGGGGACGAGCACAUCCCUGGCAGCCCGUACCACAUUAAUGUCUAAUAACCCACCACACCUUCCUAAACCACUGUUUCACUGAAAGUCUAACCCACCAUUGUUUACGACUUCGCCUCCCGCCUGUUUUACAAAUUUAGGUUUUCUUUUACUAUCGUAAAACAAAGUAGAAAACAAUGUCUUGCAUAAGUGUUCACCCUCAGCCUGAUUUCUUCACCCUCAAGGUAAUAUUUUAGCCCUGAAUCUCCCACAGAUCUUUCGGGUCCAUCGCUGCGUUCCUCGUCUUGUUCUUCUGCCUAAGCGCUUCCUUCAGUAAAUUUCAGGUGGAAAAGAUGCACCUUGUUGUUGUUUUUCCAGUCCUUAGAGGUGUCUGAACUGGUGUACAGUGAUUGGAUAGCAUUCGAAUGAAGGCUACUGUUUACACUGGAGGAGCUUCUCAAACAUUCAUAAAGGAUGGAUUCAGUUUUUUAUGAACUAUUGAGUGUACCGAAGUUAGACUGCACACUUUGUCAGGUCUUCAGUUGUCCCACGUGGUUUUCAUGACGCUCUUUAACUAACCCGGCUGCUGGACCCCCUGCUAGCGUGCUCCAGUUUAAUGCGCUUGUGUACUUAAAGCAGUCUUAUGGAUUUGAAUAGGGAGUUUCACAGUAGCUUACUGGUGGUUUGUCACACCUGCUCCAUGAACACUGCUGCUGUAUUAAUGGCACACAACAUGUGAUCCGCUUGUUCAUUAGGUUGUAAAACUUCAGCUAUGGGAAAGUGCCCUGUUCAUAAAGGCCUUAACUGGGUUCUAAAAAGGGAAGUUUCUAGUGUUGGACUGAUGAAGAUGAGUAUCAUCACGUCCUGAAAGAAACCCAAUCCACAAGAGAACAGCUGUUGCUUUGUUUUAACCCCCCUCCCCCUUGUCCGUCUAGCUCUUUGUGCAGGCUCUUUUGGAACAAAAUAAAUAUAAAUAAACUUGUCCCAAUAAAAAAAAAAAGGCUUUAAAGUGUUUAAGACAGUAUUUUGAUACACAAUAAAGUUGUCUAAGUAUU